UUCAAGAUUUCAUGGGAGUUGCGCGCACGAAACGAGUAGAACGCAGUACGGUGGGUUGUUUCCAUCUGAGAUUGAGCCCACGAAGGAGUUUAGUGUGCCGGAAGUUCGCGACAGUUUCGACAUCCUUUUAACGAUCUUUGGUUUCAGUACAAAAUGUGUUAAACGAUCCGCUACUUUAUUAGAAUAUUUUAAUUGAGAAUAGUUUUAAUAAUAUAAAGUAUAUACAAUGAAAGUGCAUUUAAGUGUCCUUCUGCUGGUACUAUUCGCUGUAGCGAAUAGUCCUGCGUUUGCCUUUAAUGUUGAUGUUUUCAACUACAUCCGGCAUGAAGUGGAGCCCAAUUCAAUGUUUGGAUUUAGUGUUGCAUUACACAAAGAAGACUCGAGAGGAUGGGUCCUUAUUGGCGCUCCCGAAGCACAAUCCGGACAACCGUCGGUGGUACGCGGUGGGGUUGUUUACAGAUGUGAUAUCUCUGAAGAUAAUCGUUGUCAAGCAGUACCUUUCGACAGAAAUGGAAAUAACUACAACAAUCGAAUGGAACAAACUGAUACAAAGUCAAAUCAGUGGUUUGGAGCUACAGUUACCAGUGCUGGGAUCAAUGGUCCAAUUGUGGCCUGUGCACCUCGCUAUGUAUUCCACACUUUGAAUCCCAAGAAGGUGGAACGGAAUGAACCAGUCGGAACUUGCUAUAUGUUAAAACAUAAUUUUACUAAUUCCCGAGAAAUUUCACCAUGUCGAACAAGUUUCUGGGGAUACCAUCGGCAGGGAUCUUGUCAGGCUGGCUUGAGCGCAGCUGUAACGAAGGAUGGUAAACGUUUAUUCAUUGGAGCUCCUGGAAGUUGGUAUUGGCAAGGACAAGCGUAUUCAGUGAAUACGAAUGCGGCUUUUCCAUACAAGCCGCCAUUCUACUCCCAGUUUGGCGAAGGUCAGGUGUAUUCAACAGAUGUGAAUAAUCCGGAGAAUAAAGUCUAUUCUACCGGGGAGAGUACUUCUGCAGAAGAUGACUCCUAUUUAGGGUACUCGACUACUACAGGAGACUUUGAUGGAGACGGAAUAGCAGAUGUUGCUGUGGGAAUGCCUCGUGGAGGAGGAUUACUGGGAAAAGUUCUGAUUUUUUCGUGGGACAUGAUAAACCAGGAUAAUAUAACGGGCGAACAAAUCGGUUCAUAUUUUGGCUAUUCCUUAUGCUCAGUGGAUGUCGAUGGAGACGGAUUGGAUGAUCUUUUGAUCGGUGCACCAAUGUACACGGAACCAAACAACGAAGGAAAGUAUGAGAUGGGAAGGGUUUACAUUAUGUUCCAAGGAGUGACGGACAAAUUCAAAACAUUGGAAACUCGGGAUGGUACGACAUCACGAGGCCGCUUUGGCCUUUCGCUGACCUCUCUAGGUGAUAUGAACUUGGACGGAUACGGUGACUUUGCUGUCGGUGCACCUUACGAUGGGCCAAAUAAUAAAGGUGCUGUCUACAUUUACCAUGGAUCGAAAGAAGGUCCUCUCGCUAAACAUUCACAAGUCAUUUAUGCUGAAGAUCUAAACAUUCCGUAUUUGAGUACAUUCGGGUUCUCAUUGUCUGGUGGCUUAGAUUUGGAUGGAAAUCUUUACCCGGAUUUAGUCGUAGGUGCUUAUGAAUCAAGUAAAGCGAUUUUCUUCAAAUCUCGUCCAGUAGCAGUGGUUGAAGCAUCAACAGUUUUUCUAGCUGAAUCGAAACUAAUUUCACUUGACAAUAAGAACUGUAAAACUCCACGUGACCGCAAGGAAGCAAUUUGUACGAAAGUCAAGUCAUGCCUCAAGUACAAUGGUGUCAAUUUACCAUCAUCACUAUACCUCGACGUUUCAUGGGUGCUUGACUCAAAGAAGCCGAAAAGUCCAAGAAUGUUCUUUUUCAAUGACGAAGGUAAAAACAUCAAAAACUCAACUAUGGCGUUGUAUCGUGGAAAACCAGAAUGCCGUGAAGAAGAAGUGUACGUGACAGACAACCUUCGGGACAAAUUGACACCGCUAGAAGUUGAAAUGAGAUAUAAUCUUGUACCACCGGUACCGACUGGAAUCCGAAAGAAAAGAGCAACUCCAGAACCAGUGAUAGACUCUAACCUGGGUCUCAUUCAACGCGACUCAAUUAACAUCCAAAAGAAUUGUGGUCCAGACAAUAUCUGCAUACCGGAUCUUAGACUAUCAAUAAAGACUGUCGACCAAUAUCUCUUGGGAUCUAAGGAUCUUUUGAUAAUUGAUGUUCUCAUCUCAAACUAUGGCGAGGAUGCUUUUGAAGCGGGCUUCUACAUGAAUAUGCCUCAGGAUUUGAAUUUCAAAAAAAUUGAAAGAAUUGGAGAUAUGCGUGAUUCUCCUGUUACCUGCACCGCUCCGUCUCCAGCCACAAACCAUACUCUCAAAUGUGAUAUUGGGAAUCCUCUAUCGGCUGGUAAAGUGGCAAAUUUCAAAGUUAUUAUGAUCCCAUCACAAAAGGCCGGAAUGGCUCCAAGUUACGAUUUCUACAUGGAAGCCAAUUCAACGAAUCCUGAAAAGGAAGGAUCAGGUUUUGAUAACGUUAUCAAGAAAAGUAUUGGGAUCUGGAUUGAAACGGAUUUGUCGAUCGAAGGCACGUCUAUACCUGACCAACAACUGUACAACAUAUCAGAAUUUAAGAGUCUUGAGAAUGCAACGACAGAAAACGAUUUAGGACCUCAUGUUGUUCAUAUGUACAAUAUUAGGAAUAACGGACCUUCAACCAUUGCAGAAGCAGAGGUCUACGUAUUAUGGCCUUACGAAACGAAAGGAGGUGAGGCGUUGAUGUACUUAUUGAAUCAACCAGAGACCAGUGGCAAUAUCCAAUGCACCCCCACAACCUAUGCGAAUCAAAGGGAUUUAGUGCUCGACUCGAAACUUUCCCGGAAAAGUUUCUUAGAAAGUAGUGGCGCUGUAACUAGGAUAAAUAACGCGGCCUGGUAUGGACGACAACAAGGUGUUUACACGGAACAUUCUUCAUCUAGUUCUUCAUCAUCGUCAUCGUCAUCAUCGUCGAGUAGUAGAGGAUCAUCAGUACUGAGUGAGGAACAAAAGCGAAAGUUGAUGGCUGAAGAGCAUUUAGAGUCGAAGGGAGAUGCAUCUUACGUUCACAGCCAGCGUGCGCAGGAAGCAGCAACCUCAUCGGGCGGAGCAUCAGGUGCUUUCGUAGCUGGUGGUGGAAGGCAGGGUUUUGCUGGACAGAGACAACAUUCAUACCAAACAAGUUGGACUUCAAGCUCGAAAGAUGGCGGUCCACCAGUAACCUUCAGUGCAAGUCGAAACCGAACAGUUGUUCAAGGACCAGAUGGACAUUUUGUAGUCUCUGAAUCAAGCACUGAACAUGUUGGGCUUGCCGGGUUCGCUCACAGACCUGCGACCCAUUUCGAUGAGAGUAGAACCGGGUUUUCAAGUUCGCAAGCAUCGCAUUCUCAAAGCCAGGGAAACAUGCAGAGAGAACAUUAUGGACAACAACAAGGACAACAGUAUCGAGGCGGUGGUCAAUAUCAUGGCGCAAUUGGAGGUGAAAUUUCAAAUGAACGGAAUGUAGCUCAUCAAUCCAACCAGUUCCAAACUGCAAGAGGAGGUGCUGAUAAUAUGCAAUACCACAGGGGUUCCUCAAGUGGAGGAAGCUAUCGUGGUCAAAAUGAACACGGUGCGGCACAUGUAGUACAUACAAGCGGUCAGGAUCAAGCGGCUAUAUCUCAGGGAAGGCAAUUUCAAGAAGGCAGUUCGCAAGGUAGACACUAUCAGUCAGGUGGCUCUCAAGGAAGGUACUAUAGCCAAAGCGGAGGAGGUUCGCAAACUUAUCAAGGACAAGGCAACUAUGAAGGAAAUAUGAUUGAAUCGGGACGCGCAAGUGGUAGCGGAAAUAUCGCUCAACAGCACAAUUAUGAUUCUAUAGACUCAGAAGCACAGCGACGAGCGUACGCUAAACAAAGUGGGGCAUCUUCUCGUCGGCGUAUGAUGAGCCAACAAGACGGAGAACCACCACGAUCAGAUUUGAUUACCGGAGCGACGAGUUUAGAGGAAAUGGCUCAAGGUGGCCAGGGAUUUAAAGUGAGCACAUUCGAUUUAGGCAUAUCUAACCGUGGAAAUGUGGAUGAUGAGCUUCGCCGAAAUUCAGGUGAGAGUGCUGGCUUCUACUCGCAAUCACAUUCGGGUCAACAAGGUGGUGGAUCUUAUGGAGGAGCGAGUGGAGGUUCAAGUUAUUACUCACAAUCUCAGUCGCAAUCUGGAAGUAGCGGUGGCUCUUCUGGUGCCUAUCAAAGUUACUCUUCCUCGCACGGCUCUGCAUCGCAGGGUCAAUCAGGAGGCCACUACGAAAAUUAUGGACGGAAUGCACAUGGAGAUCCUAAAUUGACUUUGUAUCCGAGAGUUCGACGAGCUAGUGGAAAUUCAGAAGACGAUCAAGAUCGUGAACUUGAAAAAGCUUUACACUGCAAUAUAGUUCGAUGUGCAGCUAUUCGUUGUGUUGUCGGACCAUUGGCGGAUGAAGAGGGAGCUUGGAUUGCCAUAAGGACAAGACUGAUAGCAUCAACAUUACAUAAACUAGCGCCUAGUGUGCCAAUGAAUAUUUCCACACGAGCCGUUUCACGUGUCACGAAACUUCCUUAUAUUGGCACCCCGAAAGAUAUGCCAAUCAAAAGUCAUGAAAUUUUGUUCACAGCCACUCCAGAGCCUGUUGCGAAACCUGACGUGGUGCCGCUCUGGGUAGUAAUUUUAUCUGCGUGCGCUGGCGCUAUUAUACUACUUCUUCUUAUUUAUCUACUCUACAAGUGUGGUUUCUUCAACCGGAAUCGACCAUCCGAUUCGUCCGAACGACAACCAUUAAACCGAAAUGGAAACUAUCAUGGCGAUGAGCAUUUAUAAAAACCGACAUUUUUCAUAAAACAUAUUCUAUGCGAUAAGUUCUGGAAAUUUGUUCAUUUCAUUUUCCUUCCAUGAAGAAAGGCAACGAAGAAAAUAAUUUUGUAAAUGUUUUUUUUUAAUUGACGAUCAUUUUAAGCUACAUUAUUUCUAUUUCCAUAAAUACCAAUUGGAUUUUAUAUGUUCAAUUCUUUUCAAAUUUUUUUUUUUUUAUAAAUUAACCUCGAUUUUUUUUGUAUAUUUUCACUAUACUGAUUUUGUUUUCGGUGAAGAGAAUCUCAAAUUACUAGUCACGAGAAUUUUAAGAGGAAGAAUAUUAGACGAAGUAUGUUUUGAAGGCAACUGUUUGUAUACAUUCUAGAUCCAAGAAAGGAAGGUUUCCGUCUAUUUUUUCGAAAUACCUUAACUUGUCUGAAAUAGAUGAGUAUUUCCGUUAAGUUUCAUCUGGCAUUACUGUUGAAAGGGAAUAAAGUAAAGUUAUUAGAAAAAUUAAUUGAAAUAAAAAAACAAGAAUUGCCUCUUAAGCAAAAAUAAAAAAAAAAAAAAUGCAAUACAAGACGACCACUUACGAAACCAAUUUUAUUAAUUUGUAAUAAAGAAAUCUUAUUACUAAUAAGUUUAAUGCUAAAAUAACAAAAUUAUUAAUAAUUGCAAUUGUUUGCUGUAUGAGCACUUUGAAUGUACUAUAGAAUGUGUAAAUGUGAUUUAAAUUUUUUUAGUUUUUAAUUGUAAUUAUGUAAUUUGUUAUUUAUUUUAAUUGUAAAAAACAACAAAUAGAAAACUAACCAAGUAAAAA